UAUAACAAAUUUAAGACUGGCGCAAUAUCUCAAGAAAUAUUGAAAAAAGUUACUUCCCUUUUAUCAAUAGUCGCCCUUAAAACGAAAGUCAAGUUUGGGGAUAAUUUGGUUUCGAUUACAGUUUUUUCAAGUAAAGUUACAGAAUAUUUACUGUACAGAAUGCUUUUUCAGAAAUUACUUCAAAGAGUGUCAAGGAUUGCUUGUCAGAACUGCAAAUCUAGUACAUUUAAGCAGGCGAUCAAAUAUUCUACCUCAUCUGCAAGUGAUGUUCCAGUAUAUAAACUAAGCUCAAGGGGAAUUGUUCGAGUUAAGGGGCGAGAUACUAUUCAGUUUCUACAAGGGCUUGUUACCAGUGAUGUUGAAUGCCUGGGAUCUGUGAUGGGAGCUCAGUACUCUAUGCUGUUGAAUAUUCAGGGCCGUGUACAGUAUGACUUGAUAUUGUAUGAUGUAAGUCAGAUAUACGGGGAGAAGGCAGUGUUUAUGGAGUGUGAUAGAAACAUGGUUAAUCAGCUUAUAACAGAUAUAAAAAAAUACAAGAUUAGAAAAAAGGUUAGCCUGGAUGAUUUAAGUUCCAGUUAUCAUGUAUAUGCAACAGUAUCUGAUAAAGGCGGCCAUCUUAUAGAACUGGCGUCUGCUGCAGUAGAAACUACAGAUCCUAGAGUAACAGAUUUUGGAUUGAGAAUAAUUAGUGAAAAAGAUCCUUGUGAUGUUGUAGAAGAUGAAGCCGGGUACCAUGAAAGUAGGUUACAGUGGGGAAUCCCAGAGGGCCCACAAGAUCUUCCUCCAGGAAAUUGUUUUCCUUUAGAGAGUAAUCUAGUCUUUAUGAAUGGAGUGAGUUUUAGUAAAGGCUGUUAUUUAGGUCAGGAGCUGACAGCAAGAACACAUCAUACUGGUGUAACACGGAAACGUAUAAUGCCACUCGUAUUUGAAAAGCAUCCAGGGAACAUUGAGCCAGGGGAGACAAUUCAAAAUGAAAGCAAUAAAAAUGUAGGGAAGUUUAGAAGUUCCUGUGGUAUAUAUGGUCUUGGACUGUUGAGAACAAAUGAUGUUGCAGGCAAUCUUUUAGUGAAAAAUACACAACAAGAAACUGUCAGCUUGAAAGCUGUAAUACCAAAAUGGUGGCCGGAAUCAACCUAAAAUUUUAUAUAUUACAUUUUAUUUAUAAAUUACUUUAGAGAUCUUGUGUUUGAGGAACAUGUUUGAUUUGAUAAAAUUUUGUAAUCAAGCAGUUUGUAUGUGUGAACCUUUUUUGAGAUUUAAUUUUUAAAUGUAAGGCUUAUAUCAAAGAAAAAUAAAACCUUUGACAAUAUGUAGAAUUUUCCUCUUGUAUGAACAGUACACCUACGUUAUAUUGUGUGACAUUCUUUUAAAAUCUUUGACAGGUUAUAUAAACGUUGUUUGCAAAUAUGACCCAAGUUGUUAGGCAAUGGUUAUAUUACAAAUAUUCUUUUUUAUACGGCCAGAUAACCUGUCAAGAAUCUUUAUAACAAAUUUAUAAGACUGCAAACUUCUUUUUAGAGAUUACUUUUAUAAAUAGACAGCUAGUUGGUUUGAUGUGGGUAGUUUUCACUCCAGAUCACGGUACCAAGCCACACUGAAUUUACUAGAGCACAGUUCAGCUACCCAUAUAGUUUAUAUAAACAUGAAGAUUAUCCAGUGAAAAACGACUUUACAAACGUGCAGUAAUAUAAAUAUUAUUUAAUUAUACGUGCGUCUACGUUAACAUUAUGAUUACAUAUUUAAGUAAGAAAAACUGACUAAAAAACGUUUCCUACAGUAUUGCAUUUUGAAUUACUUAAGUAAAAAAUGCAGUACUAAAGUAUCUUUAGAAAGGUCUUAAAAUAGUAAGUUUGUUUAACUGAACUAAGUAGAUAACAUGCAAAUCCAUACAAGUUCGUGUUUAAGCAUGUCAUGCAUUCAGUCAAUUUAGCAAACUAUGCACAUGUAUGAAUUAAAAGUUUAUAUGUAAAUUGCUUAUAAUCAUUUCCCCUAUUAUGAUGUAAACGCAAUGCAAACCUGGACUACUUGUUUAGAACAUUGCAUGCAGUAAUGUCUCCGCAUUAUUUAUUUAACAUGCAAUAUCAUCAGAUCUUUUGUUGAGAUAAUUCUUUCACAAAUAUUCUAAAUCAUUUACUUAAUCAAUGCUCGCAUUUGAUUGAUUUUCUUUCAAGAUAAUUUUUCAACCAGGUCUUGCAACGGAAAACCUUGAUUAGAUUGGUAAAAUAUUAGCGGUCGGGGUGCAUAAGGGUGCAUAAUUACAGGCAUAUACCAUUUCUUAA